CAGAGGGCGGGGCCGAAGCGCCCCCGCCCCUCGGGCCACGCCCCUUCCCCCGCUCGCCUCUCGCAGUUGCAGAGAAGCAGCUGGAGGAGCAGAACCCAUCGCCAGGUCAGCCAUGUCAUCUGAGCCUCCUCCACCGACACAGCCCUCCACCCAGCAGGCUUCGGCCGGGCUACUGGGCACCCCUCAUACCCGCGAGCGCUCACCAUCCCCUCUUCGGGGCAAUGUGGUCCCAAGCCCACUGCCCACUCGUCGGACAAGAACCUUUUCAGCGACGGUGCGGGCUUCACAGGGCCCUGUCUACAAGGGAGUCUGCAAAUGCUUCUGCCGAUCCAAGGGCCACGGCUUCAUCACCCCGGCUGAUGGUGGCCCUGACAUCUUCCUGCACAUCUCCGAUGUGGAAGGGGAGUAUGUCCCAGUGGAAGGCGACGAGGUCACCUUUAAGAUGUGCUCCAUCCCACCCAAGAACGAGAAGCUGCAGGCUGUGGAGGUCGUCAUCACCCACCUGGCGCCGGGCACCAAGCACGAGACCUGGUCCGGACAUGUCGUCAGCUCCUAGGAGACGCUUGAAGCGCCCCUUCUCCCCAAAGGAGGAGACUUUGCAGGGGAGGAGGAAGCAGGACCACGCUGGAGAUGACUUUGUAGCACAUGAGAUGGGGAUUCCAAGGGGGCAGGGGGCAUGGUCCCUUUCAAGUACCUCCUGGAGAAAGGGGGGGCAGGUAUGGGGGUGCUGUCGGCCACCAGCAUGGCCUCUGACCAUCGCAACAACCUCUCACCAUCUGAACAGCAUUAAAAGCAUUUGAAAAGGGGAGGCGCCCACUGGUGGCUGAGUGGAGGGGGCAAGCCCAGCCCAAGGGGUGGGUGGAAGGUAGUGUUUCCCCAAUGGCCCAGAGAAGCAGGCUCCGCCCAGAGUCUCUCUUCCAGCUGGAUUUGGGGACUCCAAAUCCCCAGAUCUAGCCCCCUGAGGGGGUGACAUGGCCCCAGUGUGACUUCUCCAGGGUGGAUUUCUACCUGAGUGCCCCUUUUGGUUCUCUUCUGGGACAGGGCAGAACAGUCUUCUCAUUCUUGGCUUGAUUGGUUCUAGGGUGAACUGGCUUUAAGGAGGGUGGGCAAAGUUGGGGGGUGGUCUUUGGAUUGGAGGGAUGUUGCCUUUUGGUGCCUUUGCAUGGGAGGUAUCCUAGGAAUCUGUCAGGGAAGACACUUUGUUUAGGAGCCUUGACCCCUGGGCUUUGUGGUCUUUGGUGCUGGGAGGCUGAACCCAAACUCCUCUCAGAACCUCGCCUGUCCCUCUGCUGGUUGAGUGUCCACUCAGCGGCCACUUUAUGGCCUUUGUCCUCAAAGUGCUUCUUGGGGGGUGAUGGAUGCAGGUAGCAGAAGAGCUCACGGAGAGGGGGAGCUCUGGAUGCAUCUAGAAGAGAGUAGGUAGCUGGUUUCCUGACAGACUGGUAAAGUCAAAAGUUGAAGGAGAAAGACACCUUUGGUGAGGGGUUUUCUUUAAAACUGCCAUUAGGAACUGUGUAGGGAUUUUGUGUUUCCUCAUUUUUAAUAACUGAAGCUCUUGCCCUGGGCCAGCUCUGUUUGCACCUUGCUGCUGACACUGCAAAUUUUUAUAGGUAUUUCUAGUAAAACAAAUCCUUAGGAUUUUCUUUGCUGUGGGCUUUGGUUUAGCUUUAGUUGUGAUUGGAAAGUAGAAAUAGCUGGGUGAUGUUUUGAAAUACAGGCAUAUGGCCUAAACAUAGUCAAGAAUUUGCUCCUCAACCACGGCAAACCCUUUGGAACAGUGGCUUUGGGGCAGAUAACAACAGGGACUAGUGGCUUCAUCAGGUGUCUUCACCCUGUGGAUAUGCUUUCUUUGAAAGGGGGUGGAAGGGAGUAGCUUUAAGACAGUGCAUUGAUUGUGUGUGUGUGUGGGAGAGUCAUGGCUGUUCCUGUCGCACUUAAGUCCACGGUUAUUUUUUUGCUGGCCUGCUGUGCACCUUGGGCAGCACCCCAGACCCUGCCCUCCCUGCCUUCCUGCCUCCGCCCCCUCUGGGUCAAAGGUGGCCUUUCCCCUCCAGCCUUGGAUCAUUCCCCAGGUGGCUCCCCAGGGGCCUCUGUGUUGGGUACAGACCACACUUCCAGAGCCACUUCUGAGGCUGAGAACCCUCAUCUUCCCCCCUGGGCUGCCCUGGAGUCUCGGGCUUUGUUCUGGGCUCGCUGUGUCCCCACGUGCUGGGGCUCUAGCACACUGCCCGACAGCAAGCUCAGGAGUUGCAUUCUGCUGUUCAGAGAUGACCUUUGGAUUCUCUCCAUCCGCAGACUCCUUUGUAAAUGGCUCUUGCUCUGACCUUCCUGUGUGACUACAUUUUUUCCAAUUGAUGAUUAUUCCGCUGGGUGUUAGAGGGACAUGGAUUCUCAGUUGACAGGUGGGGAAACUCCUUGAGGCUCUGGGAGAGAGGAAACGUGCUGUUGGCUGGUGGCCAAGCUGGAACUAGAAUCCAGGAUUCCCAAGUCCAGGUCUUUUCUUCCACCAGCCACCUUUUUUCUCAAUAAAGUUUGGUUUUGUGCAAGGCUGUGUUUGUUACUGUG